AUGGUAAAGGUGGACGUUAAAUACACAAAGUUGUUCAUCAAUAACGAGUGGGUAGAUGCUGUGAGUAAGAAGACAUUCCCUACCAUCAACCCUCAGGAUGAGACUGUUAUCGCGCAGGUUUCAGAAGGCGAUAAGGCCGACAUCGAUUUGGCUGUUGCCGCAGCCAAGAAUGCCUUCUACCGCUAUUCAGAAUGGCGUACCAUGGACGCCUCAUCAACGAGGCAUGCUGAUGCU